AUGAACAGCGCACGCCUCACGAGGUGCCGCCCUUGCGCGCCCUCCUCACGGCUCAUUUGUGCGCCAACCGCGUCUCAUCGCUUGCUUCGCCCUCUUGCAGCCCGAGACAGCCGUCCUUUCUCCGUCUCGCACUUGCGGCCGAAGCACGAAGGUGACCCGAGGUUCAGAGACCUGGGCAAACAGAUAUCGGACGAGUAUGCCGUCGUUAGAGAACACUAUGACACGCCAAAGAACCCCAUCGUCCUCGCUCACGGACUGAUGGGCUUCUCCGAACUGCGCCUCGGCGCCUAUGUCCCGCCGAUCCACUACUGGCGCGGCAUCUCCGACUCGUUGAGCACCCUCUCCGGUCCGUCCAACAUCAUCACCACCUCCGUCCCGCCCUCGGGCUCCAUCGAGGAGCGCGCCGCAAAACUGGGCGCCGACAUCGCCGCCAAAGCCGGCGGCCGCGCCGUCAACAUCGUCGCGCACUCCAUGGGCGGGCUGGACGCCCGCUACAUGAUUUCCCAUCUCAAGCCGCGCGAUGUCAAAGUCCUUAGUCUCGUCACCGUAGCGACGCCGCACCGCGGGAGCGCGUUUGCGGAUUAUCUGUUGGAUGGGCAAGGCCCCAUUAAGCUCGCGAAUCUGUACGGGCUUAUUGAGCGUGCCGGGUUGGGGACGCAGGCUUUUGAGCAGCUUACGCAGCGGUACAUGGAGGGAGAAUUCAACCCUGCUACCCCUGACAGCGAUGAGGUGCGGUAUUUUAGUUAUGGCGCGUGUACGGACCGGCCGCCACUACUGAGCCCGUUUCGGCAAAGUCAUUGGGUCAUUGAGGAGGCCGAGGGGGCGAAUGAUGGGUUGGUGAGUGUUGCGAGUAGUCGGUGGGGAAAGUAUCAGGGCACGCUGCUGGACGUGAGCCAUUUGGAUUUGAUCAAUUGGUCGAAUCGGCUCAAGUGGACGUUGCGCAAGGUGUGGAUGGGGCAGACGAGGACGUUUAAUGCUGUUGCGUUUUAUCUCGAUAUUGCGGAUAUGUUGGCCAAGGAGGGUUUAUGA